AUGGCUUGCAGUUUAAACGGACUAACAGUCGGAGACUCAGUUCCGGUCAACAUGUUAGAGUCUCCAGCUCGUUCUGAGACCUUUCUUUAUCACAGGGAUGACUUACCAUUACAAUACUCUCCAAUGUCAGAAGAUUCAGAUGAAGCAAGAUUCUGCGAGGACCCAACAACAACAAGCACUAGCUCAUCGCAACCCGAUAGUCCGGUUUCACCUUACCGAUACCAAAGACCUCUUACUUCAACAAACUCACCACACCUGUCAUCGUCAUCUUCAUCAACAAUCUCACACCAUUCACAUACAUGUCCUACCUCCAUGAUCACCAAUGCAACAACGAGUACUACUAGUCCAGUGUCUCGCCAAAGAGGAUCAGACACCGAAGGAAGGUUUCCAUCAUCGCCUAGCGAUAUCUGCCAUUCGGGUGACUUGAGGAGAACCGCACUACUCAGGUCUGUUCAAAUGAGAGCGCAUCCUUUUGGUUAUGCUUCGAGUUCAGGGCCAAGCAACAUUGAUGGUGAAGAGAGGAUGUGUUUUAAGUCUAUGGAAGAAGAUAGAGGUUAUAAUAAUAGAGAGGAACAUGUCUCUUACACUGAAGUCUCUAGUAAGAGCAAGUCUUGUAAAGCAUUGGACAUGAGACUAUGUGAAAGGUGA